GCCGGUCCAAGUUUGGUCUAGUCGACGGUCUUGCGGUGGGAUGCCGGCACCCACACGGCGCCAACCACGACGAACGUGUCAAACUAAACCAGAGAGUAUUUUAGUGGGUAUGGUCGACCGGUGGUUGGGUCAACGCCGUUUUCCACACGCACAUCCACAGCUCACAUGACAGCGACGUAUACCAGAUGCCGACACGUGCAGUGGACGCGUGAGGAAGAUAAGGUGCGGGAAACAGGACCACCAAUAAUUGAGGUUAAAUUAAAGGAGGGGCGGGUGUUCCGAGUCCUCACACAAGAUUCUUCUUGCGUGGAUGUCACGCAAAGGGAGCGGCGGUCGCCAUCGCGGGAUGGACGGUCGAUGCCCCCAACCCGUUCGUCAUAAUGUCUGGUUUGUCUGUGUGCAGACCAAACCAUGAGAACGUGGUUGCCCGCACGCUUCAACAGAAUCGUGCGACGCAUGACGACGGAGACCGCCAGAAUACGGCAAGCUGGUUUGAAAAUUAUAUUAUCUCAAAAACCAUUAAUGGUGUACGUAUAUUUAAUUGCAUUAGCAAUUCAAACAAGCCAUCUCGACUCGGUCUGACCUGAGCUCGACCCAAAUGCGAAGGCACGGACUUUGGCGGUCCCGCCAAAAAGACACGACACGAGUCGCGACUGUGCGUAGGCACUCGAGGGGAGAAGAAAUGGCCGCCUCCGCCAAAACCCUAGCGGAGCUCCUCCGUCCCCUCUCCCCCUCGACCAAAAUCCAGAUCUCCAAGUCCUCCUUCUCUGCCCGGACUCCCGAGCAGAAGAAGACGACCGAGACCAACAAAGCCCUGGCGCGAUCGAAGCGGGACCUCCGGAUCUGCACCGACAUAAUCGAGAAAUCGAGAGAUUCAGCCGAAAAGAUGGAGUACGCGAAGCUGGAGGAGCUUUUGGUGGAGGAGACGUGGUUGGAGGCUCUCGAGGGGGAGCUCCAGAAACCGUACGCGAAGAACCUGUGCAGGUUCGUGGAGAGGGAGAUGCGUGGGAGCGUCCCGAUCUACCCUCCGCCGCACCUUAUAUUCGAUGCUCUCCACCGGACGCCUUUCCAUCAAGUGAAGGCAGUGAUCAUUGGGCAGGAUCCUUAUCAUGGACCUGGUCAAGCCAUGGGUCUUGCUUUCUCGGUGCCGGAGGGUAUCAAGGUUCCUUCCAGUUUAGUCAACAUAUUUAAGGAGCUCAGGGAGGAUGUUGGGUGUUCUUUGCCAUCGCAUGGAAAUUUAGAGAGAUGGGCUGUGCAGGGGGUUCUUCUGCUGAAUGCUGUCCUCACCGUUAGGAAACAUCAGGCUAAUUCACAUGCUAAAAAAGGAUGGGAGCCGUUUACUGAUGCUAUUAUUCAAACAAUUUCACAGAAGAAAACAGGAGUUGUUUUCCUCCUCUGGGGGAAUUCUGCGCAAGCAAAAUCAAGAUUGAUCGACGAGUCAAAGCAUCAUAUCCUAAGAGCAGCUCAUCCAUCUGGUCUUUCAGCCAACAGAGGGUUCUUCGGAUGCAGGCAUUUCUCUCAGACGAAUCAGAUACUGGAGAAACUUAACCUUUCUCCCAUAGAUUGGCAACUCUGAGCUCAGAGAAAUGCCGAAUUAUCAGGUGCAACCUCGCUACCAUCACCUGAUAUGGACUCUCUAAUCCAUGGACGGACCAUCAGGCCUGACCAAAUUUUGGUAUGAUUUAACCAUAUAUUGUUAUAUAUGAUGUAAUUCAAUUUACCCCACUGUAAGGAUACACUUACCUGCAAUUUUCUUGUAUUGAAUUA